CUGUCGACAUCUCUACUCUCCAGCAAGUUGAGACUUUGAGACCCUCUCUCACUCUCUAUUCUCCUUCUCCACCUCUUAGAGUACUCCGCUUUCCUUUUCCUUUCCCGGGGAAAGGGGAGGCGAGGGUUCUACAAGCUCCAAAUAUCCCGAUCGAGCGAGGAAGGAAGGGCUUAGAGGAUGUCGACGCCGGCGAGGAAGCGCCUGAUGAGGGACUUCAGGAGACUGCAGCAAGAUCCGCCCGCUGGGAUCAGCGGCGCCCCGCAUGACAGCAACAUCAUGCUUUGGAACGCAGUAAUCUUUGGACCUGAUGACACCCCAUGGGAUGGAGUUUAUGCAGAUGGAAGCAUAUGCUUGGAUAUUUUACAGAAUCAAUGGAGUCCAAUUUAUGAUGUUGCUGCUAUACUGACUUCCAUUCAGUCUCUUCUCUGUGACCCAAAUCCAAACUCUCCUGCAAACUCCGAGGCCGCUCGCUUGUUCAGCGAGAGCAAGCGCGAAUACAACCGGCGAGUGCGAGACAUUGUAGAGCAGAGCUGGACGGCUGACUGAAAGGAAGGAAAGCCAGAUAUCACCUUUCCUGGGUAGUGUUCUGCUUCUUAACAUAAUUAUGCCAUACUUGCAGAUCUGUUUUGGCAUUUACCUUCUCAAUUGUUUAAUCUUGAUUGCUCUUUGACUGCUUAUAUGUGUUGUGCGUGGAAGCCCUGUUAUAUUAAGCAAUACUUGUUGGUUUAUUGUUGAAUAAGCUACUGCUGUAAGACCAUUAUGUGCAGAUGGUGAUUAUGUACAGAUGUGCAGCAAUGUAAUAGUUGUCUGCUA